GUCGAGAGGCAGCACUGAGACUGCAGAGGCAAACCCCGCUGCGGAAAAGGCGGCAUGGGGGAGAGGAGCUGAUCGAGGCGGCUGGUGGCGCGACCGAUUUGAGGGGUGCCUUUGGGUAGCCGCCGGCGCCGCGGCGCGCAGCCACCAUGGCCAUUGCGCACAUCGCGACCGAGUACGUCUUCUCGGACUUCUUGCUGAAGGAGCCGUCGGAGAGCAAGUACAAGGGGCUGCGGCUGGAGCUGGCCGUCGACAAGCUGGUCACCUGCAUAGCCGUCGGGCUGCCGCUGCUCCUUAUCUCGCUGGCCUUUGCUCAGGAGAUCUCCGUAGGUACUCAGAUGAGCUGCUUUUCACCCAGUUCAUUUUCCUGGCGCCAGGCUGCUUACGUGGACUCUUACUGCUGGGCGGCUGUGCAACAGAAACAGCUUGCACAGAGUGACUCGGGACAUCUUCCACUCUGGCUUCAUAAAUUCUUCCCAUACAUUCUUCUGCUACUUGCGAUCUUACUGUACCUACCGUAUCUCUUCUGGCGUUUCACCGCGGCACCUCACCUUAGCUCAGACCUGAAAUUUAUUCUGGAAGAGCUUGACAAGGCCUAUAACAGAGCAAUCAAAGCUGCCAACAGCUGCCGUAAUGGAGAUACGAGAGACACUGCUGGCCCGAUGCCGAUUGUGACUGAGAACGUGGCUCAGAGUUUGUGGGAGAUAUCUGAAAGCCACUUUAAAUACCCCAUUGUGGAACAGUACCUAAAGACGAAGAAGAGCUCUAAGGGUUUAAUUAUCAAGUACACCAUUUGCCGUUUGCUAACGCUGAUAAUUAUUCUGUUUGCCUGCCUCUAUCUGGGCUAUUACAUCAGUCUUUCCUCACUGACCGAUGAGUUCAUUUGCAACAUCAAAACUGGCAUAUUAAAGAACGACACCACAGUUCCCGAACGCGUUCAGUGCAAACUUAUUGCCGUCGGCAUCUUCCAGCUACUCAGCUUUAUCAACAUCAUUGUGUACUUGCUGUUGAUGCCAGUUGUGAUCUAUGCAUUGCUGGUCCCAUACAGGCAGAACUCAGACAUACUGCAAAUGUAUGAAAUUCUGCCAACAUUUGAUGUUAUGAAGAUCAAGAUCAGGCAUUACGAUGACUUGAGCCUCUACCUCCUCUUCCUCGAGGAAAACGUGAGCGAGCUUAAAUCAUACAAGUGCCUCAAAGUUUUGGAAAACCUGAAAAGCAGCGGAGAGGGGUUUGACGCCAUGCAACUCCUGAUGAACCUGGGUUCAAUUAAAACAGAUGCUGCGGACGGGAAGUCAGCCACUGACAAAAAGAACUGUGGAAAGAAAGUUGAAAUGCAGCCUGGAAACAAUGCAACAGAAUUACAGGAUUUGACAGAGUCCACAUCACCAGCUGAUGGAACAAGAACAAGUAAAGAAGAAGGAAAGAUUCGUCAGAGGCUUCUGGAUUCUUCUUGCUGAUGGACACAGUGAUUUGCUAACAGAGCUCUCCCUGCACAUACCAGCAU